AUGUCCACUCCAUACUACCCACAAACCAAUGGACUACCUGAGGUAUCUAAUAGAGAGAUUAAAUGCAUCCUGGAACGUAUUGUCAAGCCCUCUAAUAGAGAUUGGAGCUUGAGACUAGACGAUGCAUUGUGGGCCAAUUGCACCGCCUACAAGACACCAAUAGGAAUGUCUCUGUACCGGAUCAUCUAUGGGAAGUCUUGUUGCAUUCUGGUGGAGCUGGAACAUAAAUCAUACUGGGCGGUUAAGAGCUGCAACACUAAUUUGGAGGAAGCUAGUCUGAACAUACUCCUUCAGAUUCAAGAACUGGAAGAAAUGCAGUUAGAUGCCUAUAACAGCUCAAACAUCUACAAGUAA